GAGUCUUGAAGUCACAGGGAACCUUGGUGUUGAGAGACUGCGAGAAUUGAGUUUGUCCGUAGUUGCUUUGAUUUGAAGCUUCGAAUCUUUCUGCAACUAAUCUGAGAGAGAAAUGGAGCAGCCGGAGACCGAAGAUCUCGAGCGAAAGAAGAAGAAGGAAGAAAAGGCCAAAGAGAAAGAAAUGAAAAAGCUGAAGGCUUUACAAAAAGCAGAAGCAGCCAAACUUCAGGCGCAAAAAGCAUCCAAUGCACCAAAAAAGAGUGAACGGAAAAAUUCAAAAAGAGAUGCUGAGGAAGAGAAUCCUGAGGAUUAUGUUGAUCCUAAGACUGAUCCUGGUGAGAAGAAGCGGCUUUCUCGUCAAAUGGCAAAGCAAUACAGCCCAAGUGAAGUUGAGAAAUCAUGGUAUGGAUGGUGGGAGAAAUCAAAAUUUUUUGUGGCAGAUUCAAAAAGCUCUAAACCACCCUUUGUGAUUGUUUUGCCACCGCCUAAUGUAACUGGGGCAUUACACAUAGGCCAUGGCCUUACUUCGGCCAUAGAGGAUACAAUUAUCCGUUGGCGGAGAAUGUCUGGAUAUAAUGCUUUGUGGGUGCCAGGAAUGGACCAUGCUGGAAUUGCAACUCAGGUUGUUGUUGAGAAGAAGAUAAUGCGAGAAAGAAAAUUGACCAGACAUGACAUUGGUCGUGAGAAUUUUGUGUCUGAAGUGUGGAAAUGGAAAGAUCAAUAUGGUGGCACCAUAUUAAAUCAGCUACGUCGGCUAGGUGCUUCUCUUGACUGGUCCCGUGAGUGUUUCACAAUGGAUAAGGAACGGUCAAAAGCUGUGACAGAGGCUUUUGUUAGGCUUCACAAGGAAGGUCUUAUCUAUAGGGAUCAUCGGCUAGUGAAUUGGGAUUGCAUCUUACGAACGGCCAUUUCUGAUAUUGAGGUAGACUAUAAGGACAUCAAAGAAAAAACUCUAUUGAAGCUUCCUGGGUACGAAAACCCCGUGGAGUUUGGUGUACUGACAUCUUUUGCUUACCCUCUUGAGGGAGGCUUUGGUGAGAUCGUUGUUGCUACAACUAGAGUGGAAACAAUGCUCGGUGAUACUGCAAUUGCUAUACACCCUGAGGAUGAGAGGUAUAGAGGUCUGCAUGGAAAAUUUGCAAUUCAUCCAUUCAGUGGAAGAAAACUCCCAAUAAUUUGUGAUGCAAUACUUGUUGAUCCUACAUUUGGGACUGGUGCAGUUAAGAUUACUCCAGCCCAUGACCCAAAUGAUUUUGAGGUUGGAAAGCGUCAUAAUCUUGAAUUCAUCAACAUUUUCACUGAUGAUGGGAAGAUAAACAGCAAUGGUGGUCAAUUUGAAGGGAUGCCUAGGUUUAAAGCUCGUGAAGAUGUCAUUAAGGCAUUGAAGGAUAAGAUGCUCUAUAGAGAGGCUCAAAAUAAUGAGAUGCGCCUUGGCUUUUGCUCAAGAAGCAAUGAUGUUGUGGAGCCAAUGAUAAAGCCACAAUGGUUUGUCAACUGCAGUGGCAUGGCAAAGGAAGCUCUUGAUGCUGUUAUGAAUGAUGAGAAUAGAAAGAUUGAGAUCAUUCCAAAACAAUAUGCUGCUGAAUGGAAGAGGUGGCUGGAAAAUAUUCGUGAUUGGUGCAUUUCUAGGCAACUUUGGUGGGGCCACCGUAUUCCAGCAUGGUAUGUGUCACUGGAGGAUGAUCAACUAAAGGAAUUUGGUGCAUACAACGACCACUGGGUGGUUGGAAGAAAUGAGGAAGAAGCUUUGUUGGAAGCAAAGAGAAUGUUUUCUGGGAAGAAGUUUGAAAUGGGUCAAGACCCAGAUGUGUUGGACACUUGGUUUUCUUCUGGUCUUUUUCCAUUAACAGUGCUGGGUUGGCCAGAUGAUACGGAAGACUUUAGGAAAUUUUAUCCAACAUCAGUUCUUGAGACUGGACAUGACAUUCUCUUUUUCUGGGUUGCGCGGAUGGUAAUGCUGGGAAUGAAACUGGGAGGUGAUGUACCUUUCAGAAAGGUUUACUUACACCCAAUGAUUCGUGAUGCACAUGGCCGUAAAAUGUCUAAGUCUCUUGGAAAUGUUAUUGAUCCGCUUGAAGUAAUAAAUGGAAUAUCAUUGGAAGGCCUCCAUAAGAGGCUGGAGGAGGGUAACUUGGACCGAAAUGAGCUGAUUAUUGCUAAAGAGGGGCAGUUGAAAGACUUCCCAAAUGGUAUUCCAGAAUGUGGUGCAGAUGCUCUGCGCUUUGCCCUCAUCUCAUAUACUGCACAGUCGGACAAAAUAAAUUUGGAUAUCCAAAGAGUUAUUGGGUACCGCCAGUGGUGUAAUAAACUUUGGAAUGCCAUUCGCUUUGCUAUGACCAAACUUGGAGAUGAUUAUGUCCCUCCCACAAAUUUCAUUCUUCAAUCCAUGCCAUUCUGCUGCAAAUGGAUACUCUCAGUUUUAAAUAAAGCCAUAUCCAAAACUGUGUCUUCUCUUGAAUCCUAUGAGUUCUCAGAUGCAUGUACUGCAGUGUAUUCAUGGUGGCAGUUUCAGUUGUGUGAUGUAUUUAUUGAAGCAAUUAAACCAUAUUUUGCGGGUACCGAUCCAAGGUUUGAGUCUGCAAGAAGUGCUGCACAAGAUGCUUUGUGGGUUUGCCUGGACAAUGGUUUGCGGUUGCUCCAUCCAUUUAUGCCAUAUGUCACAGAAGAACUUUGGCAGCGUCUUCCUCAACCACAGAAGAGUGCUAGGAAAGAAUCAAUCAUGAUAUGCGAGUACCCAUCAGUUGUAAAGGAAUGGUCAAAUGAAAGAAUCGAAGAUGAGAUGGAUCUUGUUGAGCAGGCUGUCAGAUCGCUUCGAUCAUUCCGCUCAGAGUUGCCUCCAAAUGAGAGGCAUGCAAGGCGACCGGCUUUUGUGCUUUGUCGGACUGAUGCAGUUGCGGAGAUUAUUCAAAGCCAUGAUUUGGAGAUUUCAACUCUUGCUUCGUUGUCAUCUAUGAAGGUCCUUGGUGAGAAUGAUGCCGUGCCUGCUGGAUGUUCAGUUUCCAUUGUAAAUGAAAGCCUUUCUGUGUAUCUCCAGCUACAAGGGGCUGUCAGUGCAGAAGCUGAACGUGAAAAGCUCAAUAAAAAGAGAGACGAAAUACAAAAGCAAAAGGAAAAUUUGACGCAGCAAAUGAAUGCUUCUGGUUAUGAGAAGGUCCCAGCGCGCAUACGUGACGAGAACAUGGCCAAGCUAAACAAGUUGAUGCAAGAGCUGGAGAUAGUUGAAGAAGCAAGCCGAAAUAUUUGAACAUGCUAUUUCAGGAGAGAACUGAAGAUAUUACUUGACAAUCAAAAAUUUCUUGUGCUCUGCAACUUCGAGGAUGCUUAAUUUUAAAGCCCAUCCACAAGCUCAAUAAUUUUGUUAUAUGGCUGCCAUCUUUUUUUUUUUCGUGCUAUUCAUAUUAUAUUUAAGUUGUGUUCUUUUAGAUACAAGUUAUAUUGGAAUGUAGAUUCUUUUUCAAUUGCCUAAGCUUGUUUAGCA